AGACUUAUAAACAAAUAGACAAUAUUACAUUUUUAAGCUUGUACGACACGGACACACAUGUUACAUGGUUUAGUCUUUUAUUGAAGGUUGUUUCUUCUGUGAUGUUUUGUAGGAUGGAUCAAAAUAUACCGAUAAUUGUUUUGAGUGAUGAAGAUGAGGAUGAUGAAAACUUGACGCACAACGAUUCUUCUGUGCUAAUUGUUGAAAAUGAGAAAAACAGAACAGAAAUAUCGAAGCAUAUUGAGGAACUGGAUGAGGACCUGGCUAUAACAUACUCCCAAAAUGCAACAGUGCUUCCACAUGCGAGAUAUGACUGCUCACUGCCAUUCAGCCGUGUAGAACAAGACGUCUCGGGACCCUUACAAGAGAAUGCAGUGCACUGUGAUCAAUGUUUUUGCUAUAUCUGUGACAAACUGGCCUCCAUGUGUGAGUUCUGGACCAUCCCUGGUAUUUGCCACUGUAAUGCCCACAAGCACAGUGUCUACUGGAAGGCUCUUCGUGAUAAAAGCCUCAUGGGAUAUCUGCAUGAGCUUAACUUCACCUUCGACCCACUGGAUAUGGAUUCGGACCUAAGACGUGCCGAGACUUCUCUGCAGAAAUUUGCUGGUAGUCUGGCAAUAAAGUAUGCAUCGUUUUUGAUGGGGUUUGAGAAUCCAUUCCAUACUACGAGCUGUCAGUGCAGCUGCCAUUGUACCAAUAACAGCACUUCACAGAGACACAACACAGGAUGUAAAGGAUGCCAUAAACAUCACAUGAAGAUGCUGGAAUAUGAUUACACUGCUGUGAGUAACCAUAUUGAAAUGUUUUUGCAUGAAGCAAUGAAGGAGAAUCCAAAGGCCUGUAUCGUUAUGCUAUUAGGGGCCAUCAAGCUUUUCAUCACUCACACUGCUCCUGGAAAUGCCCAUGCUGCUGUAGCUGUAUCUAGUUCUGUGACAUUGCUCCUUUGGAGAGUUAUGACAAAGGUUUGGACGCUUUUAGUUGACUUUGAUUUUUCCACCUCUUUCACAAAGCAGCUACAGUCUUUCUUUCAGCGGCUACCUUUGCCUUCCAACUGCACAUUUUCAAAGAGCAGUCUGAACGUUCUGCGUUGGGAUGAUCCCUUGCUCUCUGCAGUGAUAAAAGGUCAGAAUGUCAGUGGAGAAAGGCAUGUCAGAGGUCGAAGGCUUGAAAUCUUGCACGAAUCUCUGAAAGUGAUUCAAGCGCGAGUGUGUAAACUUCAAAAACAAAACAAGUACCGUGAGAUGGCUCGCUAUCUCAAAGUUGUUAAAAGCACCAACAAUCCCACGAUUCAGAGAAUGAGAGACUUGGUUCCCCUUUAUCUGUGCAAGGUUGGAGAAUACAGUGGUGCAGUUCACACCAUGUUAUCCCCAAUGCAUGGUGCAUCUUGCCCCGCCUCCAGACUGACGCCUCAACAGUUCAGAGCUUACCUCAGAAUACUCGCAUCAGGCCACGCCCCUGACAUUCAACAUCAAGAAUCUGAUUCAGGAAUUGGCCAAAUGAUUGCGUCUGAUCCUUUACUGUCCACUGUGUGGACACCCAGUGAAGGUCCAUUUUUGCUCAAGAUGCUGGAGGUACUGAAGUUUGCACUGAGGGUUCUGGACUGUAACAGCAUUGUUUUUGCAGAUUCGGAGAGCUGGGUGUAUCUGCUCCGUGUUAUCAGCUGCAGUUAUGUUGCUCCAGAUGGGCUCAUUGUUGGUGCAUUCUAUACUGAGCCUAAUGUCAACUUUCAAACGGUGACCAGAGUUGUUGCCAAUUCAAUUCUUGAUGAGCUGAAAACUUCCAGCCAUUUACACAUCCCCAGAACAUUUGAGAAUGACUAUCCAGACCAGGCUAGGCUGCUACUAGUCACUCAAGCUUUGGUACUGCGCAUUUUCAAAUCACAGCUCAGCCCCAUCUUGAAAGUCAUCAUUUCUUUCAGGUCCAACCCCUGGGCUCUUCGUUGGUUUUUCUACAGUCUGCUGGUGAGGCCAGAGGUGCUACACUGUCUCUUGUGCAAUGUUCUGGAGGAACUGUGUCAUGAGCAAUAUCAACCCCUACAGAGAAAAUGGAGUGAAACGGAUCAUUCCCUGAUCGCAUACUUCAUCUGCCUGAUCUUCCUGGAGAACAGUGUAGUGCUAGACCUCGGCACCUAUCCCACAAAUAUCUUGCUUGCUACUUGGAAUGAAUUGCACUUCCCUUGGCAACUUAGCUUGAGACUGCAUCUUGAAUACAACGUGGCCAGUCUUACUAAAGAAAAACUACAAAUCCUGCAUGAAAUUCAAUGCAUAAGCCUUGUACCCACUUUCUGAACAAGGGAAUGUUCGCUGCAUUUCAUUUCAUGGAUUAAGUUUGGACCAAGUGAAUGUUUUGUCCAUCGUUAU